AAAGUCAAAACAAACCAAAUCGUAAAAAUCUGCAGAUGGUAGUGAAUUUCACGGUGUCAAAAGAUUAGAAAAUCGUAGAAAAUCGAUCAUUUCGCGUUACUUUUAAAGCUUUAUCUGGCCGCGAAAGGUUAGUCAGAAUGCCGAAAAAGAUGGGAAUCAACAGCAAGGCUGUGGAAGCUCGAGAACGCAAGGCCGAGGCGAAAAAGGUUGCGACCGAGAAGGCAGCCAAAGCUGCGGAGGAUGCACUAUGGGCCGAUGACGAUAAGCUGCUGGCCAAAAAGAAAAAGCAAAAGGAAGAAGAAGAGCGUAAGCGUCUCGAGCAAGCCAGAAAAAAGGCAGAAGCUAAGGCACUGCUAGAACAGGAAAUGAGCUCUAUUAAGACUGCACCCAAAGUUUCGGUUCAAAAAAUUACUCGUGCCCAAAUCGAUGCCGAAGUGGAAAAGCGUAAUCGUGCUAUUGAAACCGUAAACAAUCCACCAAAGCCAGUCGUUCCGAAAACAUCGCUUAUCGAAGAAAAUCUUAACCGAAUGAUGGCCGAAACGGAAGUUGCUCAAACGAUAGAUCAAGCCAUUGCCGUUCUCAAUGUCAAGGAUGGUGAGGAUCGUCACCCAGAGAAACGAAUGAAGGCUGCUUUUAAAGCUUACGAAGAUGAACAAUUGCCGAUUAUGAAACAGGAAUAUCCCUCCCUAAAACUAUCACAGCUCAAGCAGAUGAUUUUCAAGGAAUGGCAAAAGUCUCCACAAAAUCCAAUGAACCAGAAGGCAUAAGAAAAGUGCUUUCGGAAUUACCUGGUUCAGAACUUUUAGCAUGCUUAUCGAUUUAUUGAAAUGAAAAUAAAAGCAUUUCCGUCUCGGAGCAUAACGACACGACUGUUGACAGCCGGUCAGCACCGUUCGGAAAGAUUAUCAGUGAAGGUA